AUGUUCUACUUUGGCUUCCUCCUGAGAUACCUGAAACUCUUGAUCUCGCUCGUCGGGACAUGCUUCUACCGAAGCAUCGCCCCCGAACGCGUCCUCGACCCGUCCACGGGCGAGCACAGGCCCGCCAUCAGCCCCCAGGAGGCCACCGUCGUCGUCCCCACCCUCGACCCCGGCAGCGACGACUUCAGCGAGAUGAUGCUGACGCUGCUCAGGAGCGGCGUCCGCGCCAUCGUCAUCUCGACCGUGGGAGAGAAAAAUGAGGGCAUCGCCAGGGGCUGGUGCGGGCGCGGCGGCGAGGGCGGCGGCGAGUGCCGCACCCAAGUCACCGUGGCCCGCUGCCAACGGCCCAACAAGCGCCAGCAGCUGGCCGCGGCCAUGGCGGGCGUGGGGGCGGUGGAGACGGAAUUCGUCAUCUUUGCAGACGACCACGUUUUCUGGCCCGAGGGCUACGUCGAGGAGCUGCUCGCGCCCUUCCGGGACCCCAGGAUCGGCGGCGUCGGCACCCAGAAGCGCGUCCGCCGCGAGCGCCCGGGGCUGGGCUUCCUCUCGGCGCCGACGUGGGCGGGCCGCGCCGCGGGCGCGUGGGCGGCCCUGUCGGCCGACCUGCUCAACUUCCUCGCCUGCAUCUACAUCGAGCGGCACAACUACGAGAACCGCGCCUCCGUCGGCACCGACGGCAGCGUCUACGUCAUCUCGGGCCGCACGGCCGCCUACCGCGCCCGCGCCCUCGACAACAGCUUCAUGACGGACGACUUCUGCAACGAGUACUGGAGCUACGGCUUCGGCAGGGCCGGGCCCCUGAAUUCCGAGGACGACAACUGCAUAACGCGCCACCUGUUCAACACCGGCUGGCUCGUCCACUUCCAGUCCGGCGCCCGGGCCACCAUGGAGACGCGGCUGGGCGUCGAGGGCUGGACCAAGUUCAUGCGCCAGAGCGUGCGCUGGGCGCGCAGCGCGCCGCGGUCCAACACUACCAUGCUCUGCGGCCGCGCCGUCUGGGCCACCCAACCCAUCUCGGUCUACUCAGUGUGGAUCGCCCGCAUCAUCAACUACAACCUGUUCCACGACGCCGCCCUGGUCUGGCUCGCCCACGCCUCGGGGGUCGUCGGCCCCUGGGCCAUGCUGCUCUUCAUCCUGGCCACCAAGCUGGUCAAGCCGCUGCCGCACUUUUUGCGCCACCCGGCCGACCUGGUCUACCUACCGCACAUGGUCAUCUUUGCCUGGUGCCACUCGUUCAUCAAGGCCUGGGCGGCCCUGACCAUACUUGAGACCGGCUGGGGCUCCCGCCCUAGUGUUGUUGCAUAG